UGUUCUUAAUUUCCCUGAUGGAGUGGAGUGGAUCUGCUGUGUUUCUCUUUUGGUUUGAGGCUUGAGAUAGAUCUAGUUCUUCUCUUUCUUACGUUGGUACGCUUUAGGAGAUCAUCUUUCAUUCUCUCUCUCUCUCUCCCUAUAUCUCACAUCUUUUCCUUUGGCCUCGAGCUUUUAAUCCCAUCACCCCCACUCCUUUUGCUCUUGAAAGCAGCGAAGGCCUUUCUUUUUCCUUCUCCCUUUUUCCCUGUCUUCUCGCUUUCUUUUUAUCGUAUGCAAUAAAGCAGUGAGACAUGAAAACUGUUGCUUUGCUUUUCUCUCCAUCAAGCCUUUUCAUCUUCUUUAUCUUGGCAUAGGGCUGGUGAAGCCUAUGGAGGCUCAGUUUGCUUCCUCCACGACUGAAGCCACCACUUCAACUAGCAGAUGCACCACUACCAGGCCACAGGUGACGGAGAGGAGGCCAAGGCCACACAAGGAGAAGGUCCUCAACUGCCCUAGGUGCAACUCCACCAACACCAAGUUCUGCUACUACAACAACUACAGCCUCACCCAACCCAGGUACUUCUGCAAGAGCUGCAGGAGGUAUUGGACCGAGGGUGGAACGCUCAGGAACGUCCCUGUGGGUGGUGGAUCAAGAAAGAACAAGAGAAACUUCGUCUCCUCUGCCGCCACCAACUCUUCCUCCUCUUCCCCCAUCAUAGCACCCACAGCCACUGCCUCAACUUCCAGAAAGUUGCAUGCUGAUCUCAUCCCUCCAUACAUCUCGCUCUCCGCCAGCUCCGAAGCUCCAAAGUUCCACGAGGGGCAGGACCUCAACUUGGCCUUCCGCCAACAGGACCUCCCUGAGUACAACUACCCCAACCUAGAAAGCAGCAGUGCCAUCAACAACACAUAUUUCUCUGCCAUGGAACUACUCAAGAGUGAGAUGACUGCAAGAGGCCUCGGGCCUUUCAUGCCGAUGUCAGCGUACCCGACGGGAUUCGCACUGCAAGAAUUCAGGCCUCCUACUCUUAGUUUUCCUUUGGAUGGAAUCGGCGGCAGGGCUGGAUACGGGAGCUUGCCGGUGGUUGAGGAGAGCGCUGGUGGUAAGCUGCCGUUUCCUCUCGAGGAUCUGAAGCCGGUAGUCCCAUCAAACAGUGUUGCGGACCAGUUUGAGCAGAAUAGGGGACAAGGUGGUGAUCCUCCAGGGUUUUGGAAUGGUAUCAUUGGAUGAGGAGGCUCACAGUCGAUAGAAGUAUGUUUUUGCUCAUCCAAAUUAAUUCUUGAUGGCGAUGUUGGAUCACUCUGUUUGCAGCUGCUCAGACCUAACAUAAGACAGAUGAAACCUAAGUCUCUUCUCUUCAAUUCCAAUUUUUUUUCCUUCACUUCUUUUAGCUGUUCUAUAUGUGAAGCUUCAUUUUAUGUUGGCUUCAACAGGUUGUCUUAACAAGUAGAAGACUCUGAUUGUGUGGUGAUGGAAAGACCCAUUUUUCUUUUUCCUUCGAUCUUCUUUACUGCAGGGCAAAAAAAUGAAAAAGGAAAAAAAACAGCUAUAUAUGUAAGCAUACAGAUUGCCUGAUUAAGAAACAAGAAAUGGAGUUCAUGUGAUGUUUGAUAACACCAUUGCCAAGUUUGUAUGCACUGUGGAGUACUACUUACUGCAAUGAAUACAAAGCACUGGAUGAAGUAUUUAUGUGA